AUGGCCUCGAGGCCUGCGCACUUCUGGGACGAGUGGGAGCACAAGUACGCGCCCGUCGGCAAUGACAUCACGCUGCACUACAUCGACGUCGGGCCUCGCGACGCCACGCCCGUCGUGCUGGUCCACGGCUGGCCGGACUUGUGGUUCGGGUGGCGCUACCAGAUCCAGGCGCUGUCCAAGACGUACCGAGUGAUUGCGCCGGACCUGCGUGGCUUUGGUCGCAGUUCGGCCCCAGCGACGGUGGAAGGCUACGGCACCAAGAAGGUGACGGGGGACCUCGCAGGGCUGCUGGACUUCCUGAAUAUCCCCCGUGCCGUGUUCGUCGGCCACGACUGGGGUGGCGCUAUCAUCUGGCGCCAGUGUUUGUUCUACCCGGAGCGCGUUAUCGCGGCGUGCGGCAUCUGCACGCCGUACUUCCCCCAGGGCAACGCCUGCGUGGACUACGACACGCUCAUCCCUGCCAUCCCGCAGUUCUCGUACAUGAAGCUGCUGGGAGACUCGGAGAAGGCUGCCAAGUUGCUGGACAAGGACCCGCGUCGUAUCUUCACGGCCAUGUAUCGCAAGUACGACGAAGUUGCAGACGACUUUGAGUUCUUGAAGAUGGUGGAGAUCGUCAAUGACUCAGCGGACCCCGUGUACACGCAGCCUUCCGAGCUCUUGUCUGAGGCCGAGCUGGACUACUACGUUGCGGAAUACUCGCGAUCGGGCUUCUUCGGGUCGUGCAGCUACUACUCUCGACGACAACAAGACUUUGAGGAUGAGAAGGACCUGCCCCGUGUGAUCGAGCACGAGGCUCUUUACGUUGGUGCUGUGGACGACCCGAUCCUCAAGCCGGAGCUGGCGGCAGGCUUGCCCCGUGUGAUGCCCAACCUGAAGCAGGAGCUCGUGCAUGGCGGAGGCCACUGGCUGCUGUGGGAGAAGAAAGACGAGGUCAUCGAUAUCCUGCAACGCUGGCUGAAGCAGCUAGACGUGUCUGGCACUUCAACUGCUGCUGCUCUAUAG